CUGAGCGAGGGCUGAGAGGCGGGGCAGGACGCGCAUCGGGGCUGUAUAAAUAGUAGCAACGUGUAGAAUUCUGGAUUUGUUGUAAGUUGUUCGCCUGUUUUGCACCUCACCAUCUACUCAAAGAAGAAGGACUGCUAAAGGUCUCGUGUUAAUACAGUUCACAGGCUUCACACACACUCAUCAUGGCUCUGGAUGGAUGUGGCAUCGCCUGCAAAUAUGUCCUCAUCCUUUUCAACAUCAUCUUUGCGGUGGUGGGGUUUGCCUUUUUGAUUCUAGGCAUGUGGCUGAGGUUCAGCAAUGAAACCAGAGGCCUCUUUGAAAUACCAUCCCUCAACUCAAGUGCAUUUGUUACGGGUGUGACGAUUCUGAUCGCUCUGGGUUCAGUGAUGCUGAUCGUGGUGGUGUUCGGAGACUACGGUGUCUGCAACGAGAAAAGAUGCGCUCUGCAAGUGUUCUCUGUCCUUCUGGCCCUUCUGGCUACGGCGGAAAUCGUUUGUGGAGUGCUGGCCUACUCCAGGAGAUAUGAGGUUGGACUCAACUUUGCACAGUUCUACACUAGCAUGUAUCUCCUGUAUGCAAAAAAUGGAGGAGAUCCAGCCAUUGGUGUCAGUCUCACAUUCAUCCACUACAUGCUACACUGCUGUGGAGUGACAGGGGUCCCACUGAUGGAACUGGCUAAACAGACCUGUCCCAAACCAGACGGAAUUUGGGAGCACCUCAUCAUGCCUAAUUGCCCUGAGGUGAUAGUAACCAUCUUUGACAGCAAAGCAUCACUGGUGAUGGGCAUCUUCAUUGGAACUGCAGCUCUUUUGGUCUUGGUUUUGAUUUGCAGCAUUACGCUCAGUAGAAAGAUUCAUCUGUCCGUCUCAUCACCUCAGUACAUUGUCCUGACUAACUGCACCCCUGGCCUGUCUAACCCUCAACCAUCUCAGCAUGAGAUUGUCUCCACCUCCUACUCCUACCCUAACCAGGACCCUGUCAUGUUCACCCCCCUCACUAUGGCCAACGUCCCUGUGGGUCAGGCCUAGUGGGCUCAGGCCAGUUUGCAUCGUCAUGGUCAUGAUAUCUUCAUUUUUUCCCCUCUCCACAAUGCUCUGGCAUUGAGGUUACGACUGGAUUUUCCUCGUACAGCUGCAGUAGAUACAUUUGACAGUAGACACAUUUUAAAUCAAAGAACAAGGGCUUCUUAAGAUUUUCAACAAUCAUUGAUAACUAGAUAGACUACAAUACAUAAAAACAAAUCUAUACCCCAUCUCUCCUCCCCCAGCCACAUCUUCAUUAGGUGGAAAUUGGUAUUUUCUGUCUGUCCCGUCUUUUUGUGUUAUUUUCAUACUUUAUGUCAAGGGAUGUACAAAUGCGUUUUCCUGAACAAAUCAGUUCAGUCGCUUCAUGGAGAGAAAUUAGUCGCAGAAUGGUCACAAAUGUGUAUCACAUGAUCUACAAGUGAAAAAUAAGCGUACAAUGAUUUGUGCAUGACCUUCGGUUACUCGGGGAGUGAAAAACGUCUUUCCCAUUGGAAAUUACACACGGGCAUCAUGUAAGCUGAUCCGUGUAUAUCAGGCAUAUCCGUGCACAUGCGUUUAAGAACUUGUAAAUUGAUAUUAAGAUUUCACAAAUAUUUUAGACUUACAGUUUUUACUUAAAGCAGCUUACAUUAACGAUUAAUGUUGGAUGCAUUAAGGUCAUCUGUCUGAACCCUUAGGGCCAGUUCAUCUACACCACAGUUUAGGGGUUUUACAGCAUGUGCACAUGGUAUAGUGACCAGGUAUUGUAUUAGUAAAGUAGUCUAAGUGUGCACGUGUGUGGAGAAACAGUUCAUCCACAGUUUAAGCGUCCACUCACAGCUCAGAGAAAGCAUGGCUUUCUACAAAACAGUGUCGCAAAUAUCUGCAGCUAAAAACAUAAAAAAAAUGCCAUUAGUGGAUUUGUACUUUACACAUUUACUUAUUCCUCGCUGAACAUUUUAGCCUUUUUCAGUCACCCACAAGCUUUUCUUUAUGUGAUUGUUGUUGUAAGUGCUGGGUGCAACUAACUCAUUCUAUGGCUGGUUUAAUCCUGGAGGUGAAAAGGAGGAGGAAUCAGUUUUUUCUCGCUGCACAGCUUUGGCCCAUCCCUGCUUUUUACUUCCUACUUCUGUGUCUACAUGACAGAUUACCACUCUAGUCUGCGCCAUUACCCUCCUGAAACAGAUCAAGAGAGUCAAUCAGGAGAUCACGACGUACUAUUCCACCGUGUACUGAAGAUGAGGAUUCGGUUUUCAACCCUUACCCUCUUCUGCCUCUUCAACGGAGACCAAUGCUGGAAUUCAGCCUCAGCCAGCAAACCAAUGUUUACACACUUUCCUCCCAUGUGUCAACUACUGAUCAUAUUAGACUUGGAACUUGAACAGCGUUUUUCAUAUCUUAAAACAUUACAUUGAGCUUAUAAUUUGACCCGUUGUGAAACUGCAAAACAAAUACCAGCUUUGUUUAGAGCAACCAUCAAAAUUACAGUGUGCUUAAAAAAACUAAAAAAACCUGCAGCAGCUCUUGGUGAAAUGGAUGUUGCUUAUAAUUAGCUAUCAUUCAUCCAAAUAGAGACCGACAGCUUGACAGCAUGUGCGUACUAACCCGACAGGCCUCUACAUCACUGUGGGCGUGUGAUAAGUAAUCCGAGGAUGGAAAACAACACAUCCAUUUAAUGAUAUAUUUCGGUCAAAAUAAGUUGUCGCCUUGAAACAGGACUUCACAUUUGUAAGUGUUGCCCUCCAUCAUCUUUGCACCAGCCAUAAAGUAUGUCAGUGUGUAAUGACUGGACAGUUCUCUUCACUUUUUUUUACUACACCAUAGCUUCUUUUUUUUGUCAUUACGUAAAUAAUACUAGGUGUAUUGUUACAUUGGUACUACAGUAUUAUUUGCAAAAUAGUUUUGUAGAAACGGCAUUCCACUUAAUUUUCUUUAUUCUUGAUGAUUGUUCAGUGACAGAAAUGUUCUGCAGGCUUUCCUCUUUAACCAGGUUAUGCUUGAAGCCAUUUCAAAUGGCAAAUCUGAGAAAUCAUCGAGAGCCGCUCUCCUGUAAACAACGCUUUGAUACAGAGGACAACACCUUGUGCCUUUUAUUGUCGAAAGCCUCUGUGACCAAAUAAAUACACACUUAAGUGUCCCGUAUAGAUAUUCUCUCAUUCUGUCUACUCUAUAGUUGUAACUAUUGCAUUGUAUUAUUUUGUACCGAGUUCACAACUUUUGAAAUCAAUGUGACAUUGAGGUUUUUGUCUUCUUUACAAUCAUUGUUUUACUUGUUGCCAUAAAUAUAACCAAACAAGAGUG